UGGAGCAUCAGCGGUUGUAGUCUUCUCCUCGGAUGCGGCUCAACCAUGCUUUAACGCGCUGCAUUGGGCCAAACUUACCGCGAAUUCCAUUUGCGAGAACACAUGAGUCUUCUUUGCCCCAACUCUCUCCCCGCUACCCGUCUCCUCGAAACCCUAGAAAUAUCUAGGGUUAGGUUUCUCCCCAGUUACCGAUCCCGUGUUCCCGAUCCAAGGUUUCGCCGCUUUGGGCCUCCGCGUUUCUACCGACGAGCUCCGCUUUCGAUGGCGGCCUUCUUGCCGCAGGAAAAUAGCGCCGCUGUCGCCGCGCCCAAAUCACCUUGUCGAAUUGGAGAUGUUAAAAGGGUUACAAAGGAGACGGAUGUGUACGUAAACAUAAACUUGGAUGGUUCUGGAGUUGCCAACUGCAAUACUGGGAUUCCUUUUCUGGAUCACAUGUUGGACCAACUGGCAUCACAUGGAUUAUUUGAUCUGCAUGUAAAGGCUGCUGGUGACAUCCAUAUUGAUGACCACCAUACAAAUGAAGAUGUUGCUCUUGCAAUUGGAACGGCACUACUUCAGGCACUUGGAGAUAGAAAGGGAAUUUACCGGUUUGGACACUUUGCAGCACCACUUGAUGAGGCUGCCAUUGAAGUAAUACUGGAUCUAUCUGGUCGUCCUCACUUGAGUUAUGAUUUAAUCAUCCCAACUGAAAGAGUUGGGACAUAUGACACCCAGCUAGUGGAGCAUUUCUUUCAAUCUCUUGUGAACACCUCUGGGAUGACCGUUCACAUCCGUCAGCUUGCUGGAAAAAAUUCACACCACAUUAUCGAGGCAACUUUUAAGGCAUUUGCAAGAGCUCUUCGCCAAGCAAUAGAAUAUGAUUCACGUCGAGGUGGGAGUGUCCCCAGCUCAAAAGGAGUUCUUUCACGUUCCUAAGGUUUUGGAAACUUAUGGAGUCAACUUUUGUUCAAAUCCUAUGUGGCCUGUGAGGAUUAAUUUGGUCAACUGGAAAGCGACAAGAAGAUUUGUUCAAUAUCAGCUUCCGGCUUAUCCACUCCAGCAUGAAAAGGGCAUGAAGACAUGCAGCAUCUGGUUCACUGCAUCUCCAGUUUCCUGCAUAUUCUCUCUGCCGUUCAAUGCUUUGAAGAACUAGUGGAAAUAGUAAUAUGAAUGUUGGCUUAAGGUCAGACCCACAUCUCUGUAUGUUGAUAUGCAUGCCACACGAUGUACCCUUCCGUAAAUUGACUUAUUUAUGAUGGGUUGUCAUCCAAUUACAUCAUCGUAUUUGAUACCGAAUAAUGUUUAAGAUUGUGUCUUUUUAUCUUCUUGUUGUACGAUAUGUCACUUUGAACAAUGUUAUUUAUUGAGUUUGAAA